CCGGAAAUAUCGUAUACAAAAGACCUCUGACGCUCUUCGUAACCAACAUAUCAUCACGGCGCAACAAAUCCAACCAAAGAAUACUCAGCAAAGCAAUGGCUUCAGGAAAACGCAUCAUACUUGUUACUGGGGCUAACACUGGCAUCGGGUAUGAUACGGCGCUCUACCUCGCAAGAGCUGACUCCAGCAACCACGUGAUUGUUAGUGCGCGAAACGAGCAAAGAGGCCUCGAUGCCCUCCAAAAAUUGCAAGACAUGAAACCCAAAGGCAGCUUGAGUUUUCAGAAGCUGGACGUGUCAUCCGAUGACAGCAUUUUCACUGCCGUCAAGGAAAUCGAGGCCAAUUUCGACAAAGUCGAUGUUCUUGUCAACAAUGCUGGUGUUUUUUUGGGGGGUCCCAACUCACGCGCUGCUAUGCGCGAGACCUUUGAGGUCAACGUAUACGGUGCCGUUAUCUUAACCGACGCACUCGCUCCACUUCUCAGGAAAUCCAAGGAUCCUCGCAUAAUCAAUGUGAGCUCCGGUAUGGGGAGCAUAGGAGCCCGUCUGGAUCCAUCCGACCCCUGGUAUACCCAGAACGGCGAAGCAUAUCGUCUGUCCAAGGCGGCGCUAAACAUGGCUUCCGCGAAUCAGAAAUUUAAAUACAGGGAGGAGAAAUUCAAGAUCUGGUCAUACUGCCCGGGGUUCGUUAUUACCGACAUCGUGCUGGGAGAUUCGGUGCGAGGGGAAGACUCUCGGAAGAAGAGGGUGGAGGCCGGAGCUGAAAGUAGCGAAACCAGUGCUCAAGGAAUCUUGGAGAUUGUCGAGGGUAAGCGGGACGCAGAGAUGGAUUCUUUUGUUCAGCGCUACGGGAAGGUCUGGCCAUGGUAA